AUGGCGACCAACUACGAUGUCAAGGCACCCGAGGACGGCCUCAAACUCAUCAAUCUGUUAGUUGUUACUAAACUCUCACGCUUUGCCUACGAGAAAGUGCGGCAUCCGGAGAUGUCGGAUACCGAACUGGCAGAGUCACUUAAUAUGCGAGGUAGUAUGUACAAAAGCUUAAAGACCCGCCACGACAUCCAUCAGCGGUACGUAGAUACAAUGAUCGACAUACUCACACGCCACGGAUGCCAUUUAAAUGUGAGUGGUGUUAAGGAUUUUGUUCAAUGGGAGUGGUGUUAA